UGGUAGCUUUGCGGGUUAGAAAAUCUGUCAAAAUUUGAGUGUUGUUUCUGGAAUUUUUUGCAUGUGAUUUAAAAAUAGCCAAAAUUUGUUAAUGCGCAAUUUUUAAAAAUGUCUGGUGGGAUAAUUUUAGCGGGGUUGGGCUUGGCAGCUGUGGGUUUCGCAGGGCGAUAUGCCCUGCGACAGCUCCCAAAUGUGACAAAAACAGUAAACGAAGCAAUGAAAAAUUUACCAAAAUUCGAUGCCGAGACGAUGGCCAAUGCGAAAUAUUACAAAGGGGGUUUUGAUCAAAAAAUGAAUCGCAGAGAAGCGGCUUUGAUUUUAGGAGUUAGUCCAACGGCGAGCAAAGCAAAAGUAAAAGACGCUUUCAAGAAAGUGAUGGCUGUUAAUCAUCCAGAUCGAGGAGGGUCCCCCUACUUAGCAUCAAAAAUUAACGAAGCUAAAGAUUUCUUAGAGAAACAUUCGAGAUAACCACUAGCGAUUAGGGUACGUUUUAGCAUGUAAAUAAAUUGUAAAACACUCAAAAAUGUAAUGGCUGUAUAAAGUAGACAAAAAGACUAGAUUCAUGUAGAUACAAAAAUAAAAACUAACGUAAUUUAUUCA